GUCUAUCCAGGAGCUGACUUGACCUUAAAAAUAAAUAUCCAGGCCUUUGUCACUUGUCAUCUCCUUCGGCCCCUUAUAUGCAUCCCUACAUUGUCCUAGCAGAGCACUCUGAGUUGGAAAGGAGCUCGACUUUGUCAGGCUCACAUCGCGUAGCCUCUCCAAGAGCAGUCUGCAGCCAUGACGAUCGUGGAGAUGCAGAUGAACAUCGACUGCGACGGCUGCGAGGACAACGUGAGGAAGGCCCUUCUGAGGCUUCAAGGCGUGCACUACGUGGACGUGGACCGAGCGCGGGACAAGGUGACGGUGACCGGCACGGCGAGCCAGAAGAAGGUGCUGCGCGCGGCGCGGCGCACGGGGAAGCUCGCCGUGCUGUGGCCGUCGGCGUACGACCCGGGGUACCACCACGCCUACGCCUACGCUCACGCACAGCCGGCCUAUUACUCCUACCAGGCCAAGCCCGCCGCCGCCCACGCACACCGCAACUACAACAGCGUUCCGCACGGCAAGAGCGGGUACAUGCCGGCGGCGCAGUACGGCAGCGCCAGCUCGUACAACUACCACGUCCAUGGCUACUACGACUCGGACCUCCACGGGUACUACCACCAGCAGCAGGGGCUGUCCAACGCCGCCGUGCCUGUCGACGCGGGGAGCUACUUCAGCGACGACAACCCCAGCGCCUGCUCCGUCAUGUGAGUGCACAGCUGACCGGUGGUCGCUCCGAUGCCUACGAAUUGGCCUCUGCAUCGUGUACAUACGUCUCUUGUGGAUAGUUCUCUCUGUCAAGGUGCUCUGUUAAGACACUGAAGCCUAUGUUUGGAACAAGAAAUUUAUGCAAGUUAUCCGGGUUUAAUAUAUGCAAGUUUUUCCGUGAAGAAACACAGUACAAAUGGAGACGCUCGUAUACACGCACGUACACUCACCUAUGGAUGCGCACACACACAACCUAUCCUCUGAGCACUUUUGAGAAACCGAGUAGGUAAAUCUUCUCCCACUGAAAUCACCACAUGCACCUCAUAGUCGAUGGAAAUAUCGUCCCCGCUGAACGUACAUCGUUGAAAUGCCUGAAAUAAUCUAAGGAAAAUGUGAGCAUCAACAAAUAUGGGACUUUGACCUAGGUUGACUGGUUCCACCACAAGAAACCUAACCAACUUAUCAACACUAGUGUUGAUGACAAUAUAAUUAGUGAUGACUAAUGUUGUUUAUCAAGUGAAUCUUAGGACAUUACUCUCUCGGUGAUUGUCAACAGACAUGGUUGACCCUCUAUUUAAAAAGGGAAAAGGCGCCGGCUUUUCGAAAAUUCAAAGGUUUCCAAUUUUAUUCGAAUCAUAGGAUAGCCGCACUAUUAAGACAAGUUUUUGAAGAAGGUUAGGAUCAUCCUAAACAUUACCUCCCCCAAAGUGCCAAAUUCCUUUGAGGCCUCAUUUGGUUGCAGGGUUUCCCGGGGGAUCCCCGCUGUUUCCCCGGGCCGGAGAACCACGGGCCGAGUUGGCCCAGGGAAAUGAGUUGGUCAUUUGGACCGCAUCCAUCUCGGGGUAACCCUGCCCGACCCACGUCCUUUCCACGGGGAGGAAACCCACGACCCCAGAGCUCGGGGAGGAAAUCCACGGCUCGAGCGAGACGAGCGAACGGCAACGCCGUCGACCAAGAUCUAGCGCCCUCGACCGCCUCCGAGCUCCUCCGCCGGUGACAAGAAGCGACGCUCCCGACCCCCUCCCUCCAGUGCUGAGGAUCCAAGCUCCGCCCGUCCAGCGACGGCGACGGACCGCGGCCGUCACCGUUCUCCUUCCCCAGAUCUCCCCUCCUCCUCCAAGCUCCGAUCCCCUCCGGCGACGUCGGCGGCAACGGUUCCGCGGACGUUACUAUCUCAUCUGAUCAAGGGUUUGCCCCCUCCUCCUUCCCCCAUAUUUUUCUUUUCAGUUCAUGGCUUCACCAUCCCUGAUCUUGAACCACCGGUUCCAUACGAGCUUGUAUUUUUCUUGUGUAGUUCUUGAACCACCAGUUCCAUAUGAGUUGUAUUUUCAUGUGUGCCAGCUACGAUUUGUUUCUAUGUAGCAUGCUAUGCCGCCCAUCGAAUUGUGAAAAGUAGUCUGAAGCUUGAUGCAUAUAGUUGCUCAUACAUUUGGUAAAACUUUGGACUUGUAUGCACCAGAUUGGGUCAGUUGGUUCAAUUUCAUAGCUAUGUAUCUGUCCAUAGUAUUUUCAUUGUUGACAUCAGAUUUCAUAUGUUAUAUGAGGUACAGGACACUGAUUACUGAUUAGAUUUAGAUACAAGCAGAUCAAUAUAGUUGUAUGAAUCAAGUUCUUGUGAGCAGGUGACAUUUGUGAGCAACUAUUCUGCAUAUAUUUUAGAUAGAAACUAGCAAAACAACGCCACUGUUUUUCUUAAUUGACAUGAAUCAACGCCACACCACUCUUGCCUUAAGAACGUGUAAGAACUGGACUGCUCCGGAUUCUUUUUUUGCCCAUUUAGUUUGGCCGCCGUCAAAUUUUUAUUUGCGACAUGAAUUCACGCCACCACCCUUGCCUUAAGAACGUGUGAGAACGGGACUGCUCCAGUUACCUUUUUUGUCCAUCAAGGUUGGCUGCCGUCAAAUAUUUACUUGUACGUGUUCUUUUUGGAUGUACUUGAGUGGCUUCUCGAUUCCAAUCUGGCCUAGGUCAAAAAUGUUUUGACUCCUACGUACAAAUCUAUAUUAGCUUCUUUAAAUCUGUACCAUUCUUGUUUGCUAGUUAAAUCUAGUCCGUUCAUUCUAAUAAUACAAUAGAUAAUAUCUCGAGCACUGCUGCCUGUUGCAGGCUUUUCAACUCACUAUAUGAGCUUGAUCUUGUUAUCUUUAAUCUGUCAUUGAGAAGAAAGCAAGAAAGGUAUGGGAAAGCUUAAAUUUAUUGGUUGGUAUGAAUUGAACAGCUGGCCAAGAAGAGAUGUGAUUGGUGAUGUUUAUGUUCUGAGUUCUGCUGCCGUUUACAUGAUAAAGCUUUUGCUGCUGGUUCUUAUUAGAUGAACCAAAGAGUAAAGGUAGAGGUGAGAUAAUUUGUUUUCUUCCUAAGGUGUAUAGCUGUACCUCCAAGAUAGGCAAGAGCAAUUUAAUAGUUCAUUUUAGUUUUCUACCUAUAGUUCCAGGAAGGUGGAGCUGUAGCUGGAAGGUACAGGAGACAUAUGUAUCUUACUUUUUUCUUGUUUGUUCACUUCCAGAUAGACGGACAUACGGCUGUUUAUAGCAAAGCAUGAGUAGAAAUGGUUGCAAAUGUGCAAAUAAAGGUGUAUAGUAGAAUCAUACAUCUAUUUCAAGCAGAUCAGUUGUUGAUUUCUCUUCACUGGCUUUGGUUUCAUCAUGCCUUUGUUUAUAUUCAGCAGAUCAGCUGUGGUGUGACACCUAUUUAAUGGUGUGUUUAAUGCUCUCACAAACCCAUGAUCAAAGAAUGACCAUAUACUGAUAUGCAUAAGUUUAUAAGCUGUUUAUUGACCUAUAUGCAGUGUUGUGUCUUCAGUGCAAAUGAUCGUGCCGUGAUUUUGCCAUGUAAGGACCUGGAAAAUGAACCAAUGGUAGUUCUUGGAGGGCAAACUCUGUUCAUCAUUGUUCUCUUUGUAGAUACCCAUUGAGACAAACAAUAUUAUUUUGUGUCUACUCUUUUAUUCACUUACUUCAAUAUGUCUUAGAUUAAUCGAAGCAAUCUUUUUUUUCUUGAAUAUGUUGAUACAAUUUAUGUGCAUUUAUUUUGAAAAUGCAUAUUUUCCCAUGGCAUGAAGGUCUUAGAUAUAUCUGGGUGAGCACAACGAAAAGCAUUGCAAGUCGAUCAUUUGAUUUAAGCGUAGUUGGUAAUGUAUUACACCAAUCAAAAUAUAAUAAUGAACAACAUUGUGACCUUACGGAGCUGCAAAGCGCACGAUUACUUCAAGUGAAUAUUAAAUCUGAGUACUUUGUAGUGAUUGCAAGUGGCAUUUUGGUUCUUAGGACAUUCUGAUUCUGAGUACUUUGUAGAGCUUCAAAGAAGCUUGAAGAUAUUAAUAUUCUUUUCACAAGCAAUUUAGUCGAUUUUUUAUGCACACUGCACAUAUCAUAUAUUGGUUCAUACUAUUUCAUCUUAAUCCAUUUAUACUUAAAAAUAGUCUAUUGAAACUGAACUGGUGCUAACUUAAUAUUUUGUGUAGUUCAGUCAACAUCAAGAUGCGGUACCUGAUGUCCAUGUAGAGUGGAGAAACGACUUGAGUAGGGCUAGUGAUCGCCGCCUUGCAGUUCAUCUAAUUUGAAAGUAUCUCUGCCUUGGACAUGGCAAGUGAUAAUUCAAUUUUCUUUUGUCGUGAAUAAAUUUGAAUGAUGUAGCACAUGAAAACGAUUUAGGCCAACGGUUGAUCUCAAUGAUAUGUGGACUGACCAGUAUCUGAACCCUUGUGAACUGAUGGUUUUAUGUAUUUGUUUAUAUGAAUUCUGAGAUUUUAUGUAUUUGUUUUUUAGAAUUA